AUGCCUCCAACCCUCGAUGCGGAUUUUCACGGGGAUACGAUCGUUGUCAAAGGCGAAUACGCUUGGGACCGCACUCGAGAAAGCAUGGAAAGCGAGGUCGACCUCGACGUAGGACAUCUUCUAGCUCAACUCAGCGGUGGCCAGCACCUCUCAUCCCCAGACUUAGAAGAGGAACUCUCCACCGAGAACCUCCCCACCGAUUCCAGCUCCCGAAUCGACCACUCCGCCAACCGCGCACCAAGACAGAGACACAAACUGAACACAGCAACAAUGGAGGAGCGUCUGAUACAGAUGCAGGAGGUUCGACCACUGCCAUGGCGCGAUGGUGUUGAACCUGGCGCAGAGAACGAGACAGGCGGGGAGUCACGGAGGAAACAGAUCAGAUUUGGUUGUCUGCUGGCAACGCGCGGAGAGAUACAAGAAGUGCCCUGCAAUAGUUGCGCCAAUGGGAGAGGCAAAUUCAGACACUGUAUUGCGUUGGAGGGGUUCUUCAAGGGAGCGUGCGCGUCUUGUCAAUUAUCUGGCCGGCCAAAUCGAUGUUCCAUCAAGAAGAAUGAUGAUACUAUCGAAAGUCCAACGGCCAACACGCCUGGGAACGCGCCAUCGAGAAACCCGAGUCAAUAUCAGCCUUCCUCCGAUCCACAGCCAAAGCGCAGAAAAACAGAUACAGUACCAGACUGGGAAUCCGCCAGACCUCAGUGGGAACAAGAGCUGGGCGAGUCCCAUGCAAGACAGCAGAUGAGUGAGAUAGGACAACGGUCCUGGGCGACAGUCAACUCGCCAACAUCGAUGCCUAUGGGUGGGAGUGGAUUGAGCGGACCUGGUUCUAGAAAUCCAUCUCAAUCCUUAGAGCAUCGGAACUCGAUGGGCUGGGCAGCGGUUAAUCAACCUCCUGCUGGCCCAGGUCCGGCGACGUUUGCCAACGUGGGAGAAAGUAAUGGCGGCGGAAGCUAUAGGAGCACAGUUGAGCAAGGCAGACGAGAAGAGACUAGCAUGAUCGAAGAUGGAUCAGUGGCUCUCAUCGAUACUCUGCCAAAGAGCAAGCAGCGCCAGGUCUAUAUGCUUGUUUCUGGUCUACAGAGCGGUAUCAGUCACCUCCAGAGAGAGCUUGAGGCACUUAAAAAGGCGCUGGGAAUCGAUGAUGAUUAA